AUGGGACAGUCUUCAUCUACGCCGCGUGAACCACAGAACAUUUCACCUUUUUCGAUAGAGCACGACCCAAGCACGAGGGAUGAAGAAAUGAACAGCAGGCCGACGGAUGCGCAGGGUGGAGAGGGCAUUUCCUCAUCCGGCCUGGAGAUGAACCCCCACAAUCAUCAAGAUGCAUCAGCAGAUCAGCCAAAUGAUUUACUUGGAACAUGGCAGCAGCCCCCGCGACAUUCGGGCGGGUUCUCCCACAAUAUGCGAAGUAUUGAGGAGGAGGACGGUCCCGAGUUUGAACCAAUGCAACGUGAAUACCGCUCUGCAGCGUUCGCUCGAAUGGCAGCAAGGAGACAGUCCACUAUGUCAAGACUCGGGUCCAGGAUUCUUCCCAACUCAGUUAUUCGUGGGCUUCUUAGUAGUCAGGAGGAAACUCCGGCAGAGGGCCAUGCGCAUCGGCAUGGGUUAGUUUCAAGGACAACUCCGAGGACCGAGACCGCUCAUAGCACCGGUCGGUUCAGUCCGUUCAACGCGCUUGGCUCAAGAGGCAUCACUCGACGGCGUCUUUCCGCCCGAGGUUCUUAUCUUAUUCCGCCGCGCGCGGAUUCAUCAGCGACUUCGGAUGGAUUAGUGAACCCAGCAUAUCUUGACUCGACCGCUGAGCCAUUACCCGAGCCCACCCGGGCAUCCUGGCGACGUAGUGCUCGCUUGCACCGGAUGCGCCAUUCGCUAUCGACACCCAUUUCUCAUAUGUUUGGUCAGCCGCACUCAGACAUGUAUUCGCCCCAUGAGCGCUCGUCACGUCAGUCUCUAGAUGCAUCACUUGGCGCGAGCCUACCAAGAGCAAUGGACACUCGUUUGGACUUUGGGGAGUCUCCGCACGAACUUGAUUCAGUGGAGCCGGCAGUGCACCAUGGAGGACCAAUUCCACCAGCGUCUUCUGGCCAGCCCAAUCCCGGGUUGGCAGGAAUGCGCCGCAUACCCGGUCUGCUCAGAGCACGAUCUUCUCGGGCGGUACGGCGAGAGGAACAAACACCUCUAUCACGGGUCCUGCAGCUUGCUGCUGCCGCAAUUGCUGCUCAGCUUUCUGGUACUACUGGUCCUGCUUUACCAAACAUACAGGCCUUGGGCAACGAUGGGCUGGACGGCUCCCUGGAGAACUUUAUCCAGAGCUUGCAGCAUGCCACGUCUGCCCAAGCACAACCAACCGCACCGGGAGAAGGGCCGAGUAACCUUGCAAAUCAACGGCCGUCGCCUCCUGUCAAUUUCCUGCGGGUCUUUCGAUUUGCCAAUUCCGAGUCCCCGACAGGCCCCGGUGGCCCUGCGCAGAAUGGGACUGGCUCGGAGGCUCAGGGCACCCAAUCCGAUGGAAUGGAUGUUGAUGAACCUCCUGAAGGGACCGAAGGACGCACGGUAACUCUCGUUGUGGUUGGGGUCAGAUCUGUGCCGGCAGGAAAUGCAGGCAACAGUGAGCGUGAACCACAAGGCCCUCCGGUACCUGGUGGCCCUGGCCUGGAUGCUUUGCUUGGCCUGCCCUUCCUCCCGCAGAACGCCAUUCCGCGGCCGCAGGAUUUGCCGGGGGAUCUUGCACAUCGAACGGAUGCCUGGCCCGAGCCACUCCCGAAGGUCGUCAGACGCCGGGCCUCGCGCCGGAGCUCCUUUUUACCCUCCCUCCGCUCUUUCGGAAAGCCCCCGGGGCCUCACCCACCGCCGUCGACGCCUGCUGAGCAGGGUAUGUCGGCUGUAUCUUCUGGCACCUCAACUCCGAGCCGUAGGCCAUCCUCUGCAUCAGCCCUUUCCCCCGAUGCUUUACCCCAGCUUCGCGAAGGCCAGUCUCUGCAGCCGACCGCAGACCUUGCUGAUGAAUCUAUUCCCCUCAACGCGGCUCGUCAACGACGCCGAAGUGAUUCUGAGUUUGCCCGCCACCGAGCUCUUGGGUCCGGUGCCGUUCGACGCAAUGGUGUGGUUGAGCCCGAUCAACCGCCACCGAGUGGCGGUCGAAGCUGGUUGAUCUAUGUUGUCGGAACCAAUCUCUCGGAGAACCACCCAGCCCUGACGACUCCAAGUUUGUUCACCGAUAACCCUACAUACGAGGACAUGAUAUUGUUGUCGUCGCUGCUGGGCCCAGCCAAGCCGCCAGUCGCCAGUCAAGCCGACGUCAACUCGGCAGGAGGGUUAUUCCGCCUAGUGGAAUAUGGGGGCACGUUGGUCGCAGAGGCCGUGGAUGGCGCAGGCGUCAUUCCAAUCCAGGAUGGGGAGCGGUGUCUGAUCUGCCUCAGUGACUAUGAAGUGGCUGAGGAGGUCCGAGAGCUGGCUCAAUGCAACCAUGUCUUCCACAAAGAUUGCAUCGACCAGUGGCUGACUACCGGACGCAACUCCUGCCCACUCUGCCGAGGCCAAGGUGUCAAUGAGACCUCCAGCAGCAAUAACACCGCCCCCGAUCCUGCUCUGGACAACGCUCCUGUCUGA